AUGCUCGAGGCGCAGCAGGAGGCCAGGCGCGAGCCGCCGCGGCAGAGCAGGCGGUGGGCUGCCCGAGCCACCGUCGCUCGUGAGUGGCUCCAGGAGGCCCCCAUGCAGGUCGGCGCGACAUCGGGGGAGAGCCAGCUGGAUGAGUCGGCCUUCGACGGCGUGGAGCGGAUGGACGACUGCAGUUUCCUCGAUGAGGUGUUCUCGGACGGGGCGGGCGCUGCUUGGCCGCCUUGCCCAGCGCCCGGCGUCGGUGCGUCCCUCUACGGAGGCGUGGGCCCGACCGCGGGCGAGCUCGGCCCUGGGGCGAGCUCGGAAGCCCUUCUCGGCGCUGUCGAUGAGGAGGCUGCCGCCGCCAAAGCAGCGCAGCUCUGCAAGGCGCGUGUCUGGCUCGCGGAGGCUGAGCUGUUGCGGCUUUGCGAGAGCGGCUUUUGCUUCUUCAGUGCCGAGUGGAAUGCCGCCGAAGCCGCCAUCGACGAGGCCACGAUGCAUCUUCGGGAGGCCGAGGAGAAGCUCCGCAAGUGCCGGGCCCGCUCGCGCGACAUACUGCGGCCGUUCAGGCCGCCGCCUCCGACCGCGGCGCGACGCAGGAAGGGGGGCCGUGGAGCAGCUCCGCGCGCGCGGGGCCCGCCUGUGCGACACGGCGUGAGCGUUGACAGCGCGCGCUCGCCCUGUGCGCGCUGUUCGUUUGUAAAUAGAUAA